AUGGAGAAGGUGGAUCCGCGCUUCGUGCACCUACUCCAGCCCAUCCGAGACCUCACCAAGAACUGGGACGUGGAGGUGGCUACACAGCUUGAGGAGUACCUGGAGGAUGUGGAUCAGAUCUGCAUCUCCUUUGACAACGGGAGAACCACCAUGAAGUUUGUGGAAGCAGCACUGCUGAUCCAGGGCUCUGCCUGCAUCUACAGCAGGAAGGUAGAAUACCUGUACACAUUGGUGUGCCAGGCCCUGGACUGCAUCUCCCAAAAAAAGAGAGAGAGGCUGCCCUGCUCUGUGGGAGCUGACAACAAGGAUGCUGAUGCCAUCUUCACUGAGGAGGAGGAGGAGCCAUUCCUCUCCCUGGAUGACAUCAGGGGCAUCAGCCAGGCCAGUGUGGACAUGAGGAUGGACCAGCAGGCCAGUAUGGUGAACAUCGUUCCCUUGACACCGAUGUCCCUGGUCCCUCCGGAAGAGGCGGAGAAGAAGGAGAACCCCCUGCUCAGCCGGAAAGGAGAGAUCCUGGGGAGCAGGAAGGAUUUCCGGAUGAACACUUCCACCCCCCACUCCACUGGGGCGUUCCUGCUGGAGCUGGGGGGGCUCUCCCCCACACACCUGCAGCAGAAGCAGCUCCAGCUCUGGGACACUGGAGGGGACUCGGAGCGUGGCAAUGCCCCUGUCCAGGCCCUGAGCUUCUCCGAGGAGGCAGGUGCUGCAGGAGCAGAUGACGACGAUGACAUCCCUAAGCCCCCGAAGGAACACGUGGAAGUGACUCCAGCUCCAAAGGAGCAUGUCGAGGCACAGAGGAGCACACCAUGGCCACGGGGAUACGUCCUGCGGGGGAGAGCCCCCAGGCAGGACCCCACCCCCCACGGCAAGGAGGUGUUGGAUCCAUGGCAGAGCCUCGAUCCCUUCGGAGAUUCCGAGGAGAAGCCAUUUAGAAAAGGGAAACCCUUCCUGGUGCCAUGCAGCUUGGAGGACAUGGUGGGAGGCAAGAGGAAGAGGAAGGGCCCCAGGAAGCUCCAGGACUUCCUGACGUGGUUCUCUGCAGCCUUUAACAAUGUCAUGGAAAGCAGGAAAAGCAGGAGGAAAGGACCAACCUUUGCAGGCUUAGGGGGUGCUCUGGAGGAGCUCGGGGUUCUCAGAGCUGUGUCCCCCCAGGAGAUCCUAUGCCAGGUGGAACUGGAGCUGGAGAACGACUGUGGUGCUGACUGUGAUGAAGGGGCAGAUGAUGACUUUGUGGACCAUGAGGACGUGGAAGUCCCAGAGGAGGUUGGAAAAGGAUCUCUGGAGCCUUCUGAACCGAGCUAUGAGGAGUUGGUGCGCAGGAAUGUGGAGCUGUUCAUGGCCAACUCUCAGAAGUACGUGCAGGAGUCGGCACUGUCUCAGCGCAUCCGCAGCUGGGAGGAGCACGUGGAGCUUCUGCUGCAGGAGCAG